AUGAGCGUCGUGCUAAGAUGUGCCGUCUGUGUGCAGGAGCUGAUCCCAGAGUUCUUCUACCUCCCCGAGAUGUUUGUCAACACCAACACGUACAACCUGGGGGUGAUGGAGGACGGCAUCGUGGUCUCCGACGUGGAGCUGCCCCCCUGGGCCAAGACCCCCGAGGAGUUUGUGCGGAUCAAUCGGCAGGCUCUGGAGAGCGAGUUCGUGUCCUGCCAGCUCCACCAGUGGAUCGAUCUGAUCUUCGGCUACAAGCAGCAGGGGCCCGAGGCCACCAGAGCCCUCAACGUGUUCUACUAUCUCACCUACGAGGGCGCCGUCAACUUGAACUCCAUCAGUGAGCCCGUGCUCCGAGAGGUUGUGUCGCAGGAGCAACUAAGCCGCCGCCAGAUUUCUCCAGUUUUAGACCUGGCUGUUCUUUUCCCGCCAACAUUUACAGCCAGAGUUGUGUGCGAGCUGAGCAAAGUAGAGCGUUCAAUUGUACGAGGUUUUCGUCACGUCGCUCACGUCUUCUUUUGGCCCCACCCCCAGGCUCUGGAGAGCGAGUUCGUGUCCUGCCAGCUCCACCAGUGGAUCGAUCUGAUCUUCGGCUACAAGCAGCAGGGGCCCGAGGCCACCAGAGCCCUCAACGUGUUCUACUAUCUCACCUACGAGGGCGCCGUCAACUUGAACUCCAUCAGUGAGCCCGUGCUCCGAGAGGCUGUGGAGUCUCAAAUCCGAAGUUUCGGGCAGACCCCCUGCCAGCUGCUCAUCGAGCCGCACCCGCCCCGGAGCUCGGCCAUGCAAGUGACGCCGCUGAUGUUUACAGAGCAGAUGCAGCAGGACGUCAUCAUGGUGCUCAAGUUCCCGUCCAACUCUCCCGUCACUCACGUGGCCGCCAACACGCAGCCGGGCCUGGCGGCGCCCGCCGUCAUCACGGUCACCGCCAGCCGCGUCUUCGCCGUCAACAAGUGGCACGGCCUUUCAGGUCAUCCCAGCUCGGCCGUGCAGGACCAGCAGUACCAACUUCCUGUGGAGAUCGACCCUCUUAUAGCCAGCAACGUAGGGAGUCACCGGCGGCAGAUUUCGGACCUCCUGGACCAGAGCAUCCAGAUCAGCUCGCAGUGUUUCGUGGUGACGGCUGACAACCGCUUCAUCCUGCUGUGCGGAUUCUGGGACAAGAGCUUCAGGAUCUACUCCACAGACACAGGCAAACUGACUCAGAUCGUGUUCGGGCAUCGCGACGUGGUGACGUGUCUGGCUCGCUCCGAGUCCUACAUCGGAGGAGACUGCUACAUCCUGUCGGGCUCCAGAGACGCCACCCUGCUGCUGUGGUACUGGAAUGGCAAGCUCAACAGCAUCGGGGACAGUCCGGGAACAGAGUUCACCACACCGCGGGCCAUCCUGACGGGUCACGACUGCGAGGUGACGUGCGCCAACGUGUGCGCCGAGUUGGGCCUGGUCAUCAGUGGCUGCAAAGAGGGACCCUGCCUGAUCCACUCCAUGAACGGGGACCUGCUCAGGACCCUGGAGGGCCCCGAGUGCUGCACGCAGCCCCGCCUCAUCCAGGCGUCCACGGAGGGACACUGCGUGGUCUACUACGAGAAGGGACACUUCAGCGUCUUCAGCGUCAACGGCAAGCUGCUGCGCCACAUGCAGGUGGAGGACAGCGUCAAGGCCAUGCUGCUGAGUCGUGACGGUCAGUACUUGCUGACGGGCGGCGACGGCGGCGUCAUCUCCGUGCUGCAGGUGCACGACCUCAAGCCGCUCUUCACCUACCCGCCCUGCGACGCCGGCAUACGCUCCAUCGCCAUGUCACAUGACCAAAGGUGCAUCAUCACAGGCAUGGCGUCAGGCAGCAUCGUGCUGUUCUACAACGACUUCAACAGGUGGCACCACGAGUACCAGACCAGGUACUGAGACCAGGUACUGAGCCAAGAACCGGGACGCCUUCUCCCCUGUCUAGCAAGCUGACUGUGGCGCAGUGACGCCCUACUUCCUCUUGGCGGCGCUGCCGAGUCCACGCCGAUGAAUGUAAACACAAAGGAAGUUUGUUUGUUUGUUUUUGAGGCGCGGAGGAAAAGUGAGACUUAUUUUCUAGAAGACAAAAAAGGAAAGUUUUCUAUCUUUUUGGGGGCGUUUGUGUCUGUGCUUUAAAAAGAAGAACAUCUAUUUUUAGCUGUGAGAAUCUAUUUUCUUCUUCUUCUUCUUCACUUAACGAUCCAAAUAUUUGUGUACUAGUCUUUGUAGUUUGUUGAAGAAGAAGUUUUCAAUGAAGGGAUUUCUAUAUUCAUGUUGAAAUAUCAUUUAAAAGAGCAUUCCUCAUCUUCCCCGCAUGGCCCCACUCACAUCAUCCUUGCAACAGUCCAGGAAGCUUUUAGGUCACCUGACCACACAGCCCUCUCUGAUUGGUGGGGAAACAAGCGUUGCUUUAGAACAUCAGGAAGUCUCCAGCAGUCGCUGACUAAAUGUUUUUUUUCCUGCUGGUUUGAAGUGGUUUUUGUUUUUGUUUUGUGAGUGUGUGGAAUUCACAUUAAAAUGGAAUUUUCUAACCUGA